AUGCAGGCGAUGGCACAUUGUAAAAACUUCGCUCAAGCCGGCGCCUCGAUUCACAACGCUUUUGAUAACGUCGCCCUGGUCGAUCAGGCGCUGAGAAAAGCCCAGGGUCAGGUACACGUGUGGCUGGGCGGGUAUUGGAAUGGCAGAACCGUUGAAUGGUACGACAACUCAACGGCCGUUUAUACCAAUCUUGCGGAUAAAAACAUGGACCCUGGCUAUCUACUACUCCGAAAAACCGAUGAGAAAUGGGUAACGCUAGAAGGCGGUGAGCAUGCUGUUGCUUGUAUGGGUCAGGAUCAGGAUCCGCCUUGUGAUGACGAGUGGCUGUACUCGACCAAGUUGAAAAGUUGUUACAAGAGAAUCGGCAAAUUUUCCGGCAUCACCUGGGAGCAAGCUCGAGCGGAAUGUCAAGUUUUCAGAGCCGAGCUCACGUCGAUCCACUCUGAUGAAGAGAAUCGCAUUGUUGUAGAGCUAGCCGACACUUACCUCGACAUCCAGCUAAACUAUGCUAAUUGGACAACUGCCGCUACAUGGAUUGGUGGAUAUCGGGACAAGAUUUAUAAUAUUUCUACCAAG